AGUGCACACAACGCUGCCUGGCCAGCCGCCUGCCAGUGUGACAUACUGUCACCAUCCUGGAGGACAAGCACACUCACACACAUUCACACACAUACACACACUCACAUCACUUACUGACAAGGCACAAAACCUGCCUUCUCAUUCCCGCACGCACUUACACAAUCCUGGGUUGACGGGGAGAGAAGAACCGAAUAUCUGAAGGAAGGAAGAACAAGAGGAAUUUUACAUCUUUCAUGGAUUCGUCUACAUGUGACUGACCAGUGGUGAUUGUGGGUGCUGAAGAGAGACGGCCGUCCUGACACCGACACACACACACACACCUCUCCCCAGUAGUCACGGAUUCUUGAAUUAAUCUGCUCCGGUGUGGGAGUCGCGGUGCGGACCAACAUGGGGAACCAGACAGGGAGACAGGAGGAAGCAGAGUCAGGUGCACAAACAACGAAGAAGUCUGGAAUCCCUGCUCCUAGAGAAAUCCCAUCUGCCAUCACAAGAGACCGCUUCUCUGCCAGGGAUCAACUGAGGACCUCUUCUACUAAGAGAAUUGUUUCCAGUGCCAGCACCUCCAGCCUCUCCACCCUGGUGAAGCAGACGCGUAGUUCAGCCAAGUCCCGGGCAGAUGCGGACGGCCAGGAAAAGGGGCUUCUGGAGAGUCAAGUGAAAGAGCUGCUGGCUGACGGGAAAGCUAAAGACUUGGAGAUCAACAAUCUCAAGAUGGAGUUGCAGCGCUAUAAGGGUAAAGCCUCCGCUGCUGCCUCCUUACCGUCGUCAAACUCUGUCUCACACCAAGACCCUGUAACUGACCAUGAACAGGAACAGGUGGCAGAGGCCCUCAUGCUAGUUGCGGAGCUUAGGGAGAAAAAUGGGAAGUUUCAGAGAGAGUUGGCAGGUCUUAGGGAGGAGAACCAGGCUCUAAAGGAAAAGCUGCUUUGUCUGGAAGCUUCUUCACUCUCUAGUCCGAACACAAGCAGCCCUUUGAAACCUUUAGUGAAUGGCCUGCCCUCAGACUCAGCCACCCAACAAGACAGUCUCGCUUCUACUGCCAGCCCGAUUAAAACAUCAGUUUCCUCCAGCUCUAACGUUUCCAAGGAGUCAUCAUCCCCUGACUCCUCAGAAUUUGAGAAAAUCCCAUCAUGCUCAGAAUCGGGGACCAGUGGUUUCAGUGGGGAAUCUGUUGCAGCAGGGGCAGUGAACUACACUGAGGGUCAAGGUGUGUCAGUGCAGAUCCUAACAGAACAAAUUCACAAGAUGGAGGAGAGCCAUCACAGCACGGCAGAGGAACUUCAGGCAACGCUGCAGGAGCUGGCUGACCAGCAGCAGGUUGUACAAGAACUGACUGCUGAGAACGAGCGUCUGGCGGAGGACAAACGCCUCCUACAGAGUUCACUUCAACAGCAGAGAGAGCGAGUGGAAGUGUUGGCCCAAAAGAAUGAAACUUUUGCUCUCAGACUUCAGGAGCAAGCUCAGGUUCAGGCCCAGAGGGAGGAAGAACUGGGUAGCCAAGGGCCUCGACUCGCUGAGGUUGAGCAGAGGUAUGCGGAGCUGGUGGACAGCUCUCGAUUUGAACGUGAGAAACUGGUGGACAUCCAGCAACAGCUGACAGGGAGCCUACGCGCGCUAGAGGAGGAACACCAGGGGGCCCAAGGUCAGGUCUGCUGCCUCAGAGACGAGGUGGACAGGUUGCAGGCCCAGCUGGACAGAGAACAGGAGAAUAGAGGUCAAGCAUCACAAGAUGCAGAAGAGCAAAGGACAAUAGCAGAUUCUGUCAGGCUGGAAAACAGUAGGCUGAAGGCACAGGUGGACAUUGAGAAGCAAAAGGUGGGUGAGCUGAAGGCCAUGCAAAGUGCCAGCGACAGCACUGAGUUGCAGAAUUUGCUGAAAGCAGCCCACGCCGAGAGGGACAAGCUGGAGGUGAAGCUGACGGAGCUGAGACAGGAGCUCCUUCAGGCCCAAGCUGAGACUGAGCAAGUGCAAGCUAAAGUGGCCAAGAUGGAAGUCAAAUACCAGCAGGUCCAGGAGGUGGCCGAAAAGAGGGAACAGGAACUGAGUAGCCGAGUGACUUCCCUGGAGGAAGCUAGUUUACAGGCGGAGAACCAGGUGAAGGAGCUGAAGGAGACUAUCUUUGAGCUGGAGGACCAGGUCGAGCAGCAGAGGGCUGUCAAUUGCCACACCAACCAAGCUGUCCUGGACAUGGAGAAUCUUGUCAAAAAGCUGGAGGAGCAAAAGACUGAAGCAGAUCGACAAGUAAAAGUUUUAAAUAGACAGAUGAAGGAUGACAAGGAGGAAUGGCGUCGGUUUCAGGCAGACCUCCAGACAGCAGUGGUGGUUGCCAACGAUAUCAAAGUGGAAGCUCAGCAGGAGCUGCGUACACUCAGGAGGCAGCUACAGGAGGAGCAGGGCCGCAGUGCAAAGCUAUCUGCAGACCUUGAGGCCUUACAGGGAGUCAGGUCCCUGGGUGAUGAGGCGCGAGUGUCCGACUCCGAUAACAACAGUCACUGGUGUGGCAUUUCCAUGAUCCCCACCACACCCACCGACCCCAGCGGAGAAGCCAACUCAGAGCCUGGAGCUACUGUGAAAUCCCUCAUUAAGUCCUUUGACACUGUUGGACAAAAUGGACCGGGCCACACAGUUCAAAUGCACUCCUCACCCAGAAGCCCACUGAGUGGGAUCCCUGUACGCACUGCACCAGCUGCUGCAGUCUCUCCUAUCCAGAGGCAAUCGUACAUAAAGCCUUUGUCAAAGACACUGGAAAAGAGAAUCAGUCGUGGAGAGUUCUCUCAUCCCCAUGAUGCUUUGUCGAACUUCGGGGAGGACUUGAAGCCUAACAGUCUCAUGAGGAAGAGCCCCUCUCUUGAGUCUGUAAUCAAAACCCCGGUUUCCCUCAGCAGCCGUACUGGAUCAUUCAGCUACAAUCGAAGCAACAGCAAACUUAGUGUGGAAAGAAAGGACCCCUUGGCUGCACUGGCGCGGGAGUAUGGAGGAUCUAAGAGGAACGCUCUACUGAAGUGGUGCCAGAAGAAAACAGAAGGCUAUCCGAAUAUUGAUGUGACCAACUUCAGCAGCAGUUGGAGCGAUGGCCUGGCCUUCUGUGCCCUAUUGCACACGUAUCUGCCUGCUCACAUCCCUUACCAGGAACUCAUCAGUCAAGAUAAGGUCCGGAAUCUGACCCUCGCCUUCCAGGCCGCGGAGAGCAUUGGCAUCAAACCCUCUCUGGACAUGGAGGAGCUGAUGAAGACCGACAGGCCGGACUGGCAGAGCGUCAUGCAGUACGUCUCCCAGAUCUACAAGUACUUUGAAACCUGAACUGUAAGGAAGCUGGAGAUGAGGACCAGAGGCACUGCGGCACGAUUCUGUCUCAUCUAUCCACGCUACGUUCUCCUCUCCGACUGGCGGAGGGCAGCCACGCUCCCCACUCUGGUCUGACACUUCAGAAAUGAGCAAGGAGCUCCUUAACACAGCGCUACAGACUGCACUGAGCCUCAGACUUCUAAAAAACAAAAGCUGCUGUCAGGAAACACACUUAGAUUUUCACAAACUGCAAGUGUCAGUUGAGCAUUUUAUUCACAGUCAGAACUGUUUUUUGUUUUUUAAGCACACUACAGCAGACGACAUAAUUGCUAAAAUGACUCGGCAAUAGCUGAAUUUCUGUCUUUCCUCUGAAAAAAUGCAGGAAGUUUUGUCGCAAACUAUGUUUCAGUAGCACAGCUAUUGCCAUUGUCUCUGCACUCAUCAGCAUGUCUCUGUGCCGUCGACGCCUUUCUUAAAGUUACUGCUAAAUAUCAGCAUUGCUUGGAAAUCUUAUGCUCCGUUAAACUGGUAUGGUCUUUUUAAAAAAUGUGCCAACAUUUUCUACCAGAACACAACUUAUACAUUAAUAUCCAUGCAUGAUUUAAAUGUGACUUCUGCUUACAGUCAAAGUUUUAUGAGUGGACAAGUCUGGACAGAACUUUUUUCUGUAAAUUAGCUGAAAUGAUUGCUUAAGCUGGACUUCUCUUUGGGUUCUACUUUGCAGAACAGAAGGUGUUUAAAGUUACUGGUUUAAGUUGAACUAAAGCCUAAAUGUAACAUAAUCUGGGGUUGUCUUUUAAAAGGCAGAGAUCUGACAAACCCUUUGCUGCCGUCUGUGAUGUCCCACUACAUUGAUUUAACACUCAAAGAGUCGCUAAAUAGUUUUGUAGGAAUAUUUUUAUGAAAACAGAUUGUUGAGGUUUGUGACUGAAUCCAGCUAUCAAACUGCUGUUUCUCCACAUUUUCUUUCAAGAAUCUCCAAAGAGCUGCGGUACUGAAGCUGCUUUGCAGGGCUCGUCUGUAUUGGGCAUGCCAAAGAGAACUAACGGGGACAUCUUGAGUUUUACAUGUAAAAGUUGAAGACGGUGGCGUUUCUGAGGCAUAAUUUGAAUGAGCUCCCGUUUUCAGAUGCCUGUUUAUUUUGAAGGACAAAUAUGUUAUUUAUUUAUAUAAAAUACGUGCUUAUUGAGUGAGCAUGUGCACAGAAAUAUAUGCAGUUUUCUACUGGCAGAUGUCAGAUACAGAGGCUCACUGGAUGGUAUUUCUUAAUAAAGGAUUGUU